UUUCGUUUAUUUUCUCUAUUCUCUAAGAGUUUCGCGCGCUGCGUUGUAGUUUAAUUAUCUAGAAAAACUAGUAUUACUAUUACAUAUAUUAUAAAAACCUAAUUUACGAUAACGGUUUAUUUGCUUUCGGUAUUAAUUCAAUUAUUUCAGAAGUUUCAGCCAUGACUUUAGGGGAGACACAUAAAAAUUUGCCAUGGGUGGAGAAAUAUCGACCUUCUAAAUUAGAUGACCUGGUAUCUCAUGAUGAUAUUAUCAAAACAAUUAACCAGUUCAUAAAAGAAAACCAACUGCCACAUUUAUUAUUUUACGGCCCACCAGGCACAGGUAAAACCUCAACAAUAUUAGCUUGUGCGAGGCAAAUGUAUACUCCGCAACAGUUCAACUCUAUGGUUUUAGAGCUGAAUGCCUCAGAUGAUCGUGGUAUUGGCAUAGUACGUGGACAGAUUCUUAGUUUUGCCUCAACUAGAACUAUAUUUAAGGCUGGACCAAAGCUAAUUAUACUUGAUGAAGCAGAUGCUAUGACAAAUGAUGCACAAAAUGCUUUAAGGCGCAUAAUAGAGAAGUACACGGAAAACGUGCGGUUCUGCAUAAUAUGCAACUACCUGGGCAAGAUCAUCCCGGCGCUGCAGUCGCGCUGCACGCGCUUCCGCUUCGCGCCCCUCAACAAGGGCCAGAUCGUGCCGCGGCUCACGGACAUCGCCGCCGCUGAGGGCGUGAAAAUAUCAGAAGAUGGCGUGACCGCGCUGCUAACGCUCUCUGGCGGGGACAUGCGCAAAGUGCUCAAUACUCUGCAGAGCACGUGGCUCGCGUACCGUGACGUCACGGAGGACAACGUGUACACGUGCGUGGGACACCCACUGCGGUCCGAUAUCAACGCUAUACUGAACUGGUUGCUCAAUGAGAACGACUUCGCGACCUGCUUCAAAAAUAUCCAAGACGUGAAACUUGCCAAAGGUUUAGCGCUCAGUGAUAUAUUGACAGAAACGCAUACAAUAUUACACAGAAUGAAACUUCCGCCACAAGUUCUGACAUCGCUGUUAAUCAAGAUGGCGGACAGCGAGGCGCGGCUGGCCAGCGGCUGCAGCGACCGCGUCGAGCUCGCCGCGCUCAUCGCCGCCUUCUCUCUGGCCCGCGACCAGAUCUCAUUGGACAAAGAUGUCUAGAUAUCACGUCAAUACCUAUUUGUCACGUUCCACGGGAAGAAGUACCUUAUGGGGGUUAGUCGCUUAACACGUUUCACAAGCUCAUUUUGAUUAUAGGUGCGUAUAAUACGUCGUAAGCGACUGCCACCCGUAAGAUAACUUUCUCGUGGAAUGUCACAUUUGUGUUAUCUUGAAAAAGAAGGAAAGCAGACCCUGGGCUCCUACGUUCAAUGGCGGAAGCAAAGGAAAACUCUAAGAUGGACUUAGAGUAAUGUUUUUGACCUUUGAGUCAAAUUUAUCAAUAUAAGGCAUGGACUUGUGUACGUGAAUUAAUGUAGUUCGUGCAUGGUAGUGUAAUUGCCAAAUAUAACUAAUUUAAGUUUGUUAAUUUUAAAAUAAAUGUUA